AUGGAGGACACCACUAGCAGUAAUCCCCAAUCUCUCGGAUUUACAGAGAAAUUAAAGUCUUGGCUCUCUUGGUCAUGGACCUACGUGUGCUUAAUUUGGUUGGGCAUGGUGCUCAUCAUGAUAUACGUGUUGUGGAGCCCGCUGAAACUGCAGGAAACUCUUACCUCAGCAUCAGUGUUUUUGAACACACUGACCCCUAAAUUCUACGUGGCUCUCACUGGAACCUCCUCCCUCAUCUCUGGACUCAUCCUUAUAUUUGAGUGGUGGUAUUUUCGUAAAUAUGGGACUUCAUUCAUCGAACAAGUUUCGGUGAGCCACCUGCGUCCUCUCCUGGGUGGAGUUGAGAGCAGCUCUACGACUGGUCUGUUCUCGUCAGUUAAUGGAGAGGCAGAGCCGAGACCCAGUGUCUCAGAGUGUAAAGUCUGGAGAAACCCUUUGAACCUCUUCAGAGGAGCAGAAUACAACAGGUACACCUGGGUGACUGGGAAGGAACCCCUAACAUACUAUGAUAUGAACCUGUCUGCUCAAGACCAUCAGACCUUCUUCACAGGAGACACUCAACAGUUAAGGCCAGAGGAUGCAGUGAUGCAGAAGGCCUGGAGAGAGAGAAAUCCUCAAGCCAGGAUCAGAGCAGCUUACCAGGCCAUAGAAAUGAACCAUGAAUGUGCUGCAGCCUAUGUGCUUUUAGCAGAGGAAGAAGCCACAACUAUUACAGAAGCAGAGCGCCUCUUCAAAAAAGCACUGAGUAUUGCUGGAAAAGAUAUCAACUUAUUGGUAUACAUUAAACGUAGACUGGCAAUGUGUGCACGCAAGCUGGGACGGAUUAAAGAAGCAGUGAAAAUGAUGAGAGAUUUAAUGAAGGAGUUCCCAUUGUUGGGAAUGUUAAAUAUACACGAAAACCUCUUGGAGGCACUUCUAGAGCUUCAGGCAUAUGCUGAUGUCCAAGCUGUCCUUGCCAAAUAUGAUGACAUCAGCUUGCCAAAGUCAGCCACAAUAUGCUACACAUCUGCACUGUUGAAAGCACGGGCUGUAUCAGAUAAGUUCUCACCAGAGGCAGCAUCAAGGCGGGGACUCAGCACAGCAGAGAUGAAUGCUGUGGAGGCCAUACACAGAGCUGUUGAGUUCAAUCCGCACGUGCCAAAGUACUUAUUAGAGAUGAAGAGCCUGAUCCUGCCUCCAGAGCACAUCUUGAAGAGGGGUGACAGUGAGGCAGUGGCAUAUGCUUUCUUCCACCUGCAGCACUGGAAGAGAGCAGAGGGAGCCUUAAACCUACUACACUGCACCUGGGAGGGCACCUUCCGGAUAAUUCCCUAUCCAUUGGAGAAGGGUCAUCUGUUUUAUCCCUACCCAGGAUGCACAGAAACAGCAGAUAGGGAAUUACUGCCCUCAUUCCACGAGGUGUCUGUGUACCCAAAGAAAGAGCUUCCCUUCUUCAUCCUCUUCACAGCAGGCCUUUGCUCCUUCACUGCCAUGCUGGCCAUGCUCACACAUCAGUUCCCUGAGCUCAUGGGUGUCUUUGCCAAAGCAUUCUUCAGCACACUCUUUGCACCCCUGGGUUUCUUAGCAGACAAGAUGGAAAGCUUCAUGCCGUCCAGUUUUUGGCACCAGCUGACUCGGAUCUGACCCCAUCUCAUGCACACACGCAGACACGCACACACACACCCACACCACUCCAAACCCUCAGACAAAAAGUGUUUGCUCUCCUGUCUUCAGCAUUACUGUCCACUUGCUGCAUUGUUACUGAUUAUGUUGGCUGAGGUAGUAUCAACACAACAAUACCACUCUUAAGAUGCUCUCCCACACUGUUCCAGUUGCCAGUAACUUUUCCAAGAACACAUUUAGUGAAUACCAUUUGCAAAGAUUUCACAGGGCCAUUAAUUUGUCAUUGGCAAUCCCAAAUGUUUCAGUAUCCCACAAGUAUGACGCUGAAUUUUGUACAAAAAUAAAAUUAGUAAUUUGUCAGAGGUACUCCUCUGUUGAUUUACAACAAGAGAAAGCUAAAACUGCAUGAUUUUUAAUGCUCCUCUUAUUACUGUCUUGUCAGUUUGUUUUAAGUAGUGUGUUAACAGACACGUACAUGACGUAUUUGCCUUUUUAGAAUAUUAUUGAUACAAAUGAUGCUAUUCCACACUUUUCCUGCAUAAUUAUUUAUUUGUACCAUAAAGAUCCCAUGGCGUAUUUGGGGUGGGAACCUAUGUGUCCUAUAUCAACCCUGUGUGCCCCACGGGGCAGAUUUAAAAGUCUGUGAGACCUACUAAAAAACAAAGCUGUGAUUUACAGCCUUGGAGUGCCUGCAGUGUAUACAACGCCUCUGCAGUUCAACAGUUGUUACCAUGGCAUGACACCUCAGCACUAUAUCACUGGGGCAACCGCCAACCCCGUAACAUCGAAAUGUAAAUGGGAUCAUUACUGGUCACCACAAGGCCUCUCAUGGUAUCGCUUAUUUCUAUUGAUUACACUCUAGAAUGUCAGAAGUCACAGUGAUGGUCAACCAGGGAACAAGAAUCACACAACAUAGUAGAUACAUAAGAAUACAGUAUUUCUUCUUUUCUUCUUUUUUUAGUG